GGGUUAUCACUUCUAAUUAUUGCGAUAUCAGCAGUAGUGUGCAUAAUAACAACGCUCUCCUUAUCAGCCAUUUGCACAAAUGGAGAAGUCAAAGGAGGUGGAAUUUAUUACAUAAUAUCUCGAUCUCUCGGACCGGAAUUUGGAGCUUCAGUAGGAAUCGUAUUUGCAUUUGCUAAUGCAGUAUCUGCAUCGAUGAAUACCAUUGGAUUCUGCAAUUCCAUGAGCGAUCUGUUGAAACUAUAUAAUCUUCAAAUCAUUGACGGAGAUGUUCAUGACACUAGGAUAAUAGGUACGGUGGCCCUUCUCGUCAUGAUCCUGAUUUGCGCUAUCGGCAUGGAAUGGGAAUCGAAAGCUCAAAAUUUCCUAAUAGCCGCCAUUGUGGGAGCCAUGAUAGAUUUCAUGGUCGGGACCAUCAUUGGACCCACUGAUGACUUGCAGAAGGCUAAAGGUUUCGUUGGAUUCAAUGCUACUGUUUUUGCAGAAAACUGGGGACCAAUGUACAGAAAACAAGAAGGCGUUACUUACGAUUUCUUCCAGGUAUUCGCGAUAUUCUUUCCCUCGGUGACUGGUAUUCAAGCUGGUGCGAAUAUAUCUGGAGAUCUGAAGGACCCAGCUUCGGCCAUACCAAAGGGCACAUUCCUCGCCCUAGUGAUGUCGAUGAUAUCGUACGCGAUUUUCGUUAUAUUUGCCGGAGGCGCUGCUCUCAGAGAUGCCAGUGGUUUCGUUUCAGAUUUGGCGAAUGGAACAGUGGCUGAAUGUGCGCUUCGCCAUAAUUGCAGCUAUGGACUCUUCAACAGCUACCAGAUGAUGCAAAUCAUGUCGAGCUGGUGGCCACUGAUCUACGCCGGAUGCUUCGCAGCCACCCUCAGUACGGCCCUGACGAACCUUCUCUCAGUGCCGAGACUGAUCCAAGCCCUGGGCAUCGACAAGAUCUAUCCGGGGCUGAUUUACUUUUCGAAGGGCUACGGAAAACACGGGGAGCCCUACAGGGGGUACGUGCUGACGUUCGUGGUAUCUACGGCCUUCGUUCUCAUAGCUCAACUCAAUGCCAUUGCUCCACUGAUUUCCAAUUUUUAUCUGGCUUCUUACGCUCUCAUCAACUUCUGCACAUUCCAUGCUGCCCUAAUCAAACCACUUGGAUGGCGACCAACAUUCAAGUAUUACAACACCUGGCUCAGCCUUUUUGGCUCCAUAACCUGCGUUGUGAUAAUGUUCCUGAUAAACUGGUGGUCAUCGUUGAUUACGUUCAUUAUAAUAUGGGGGUUGUAUCUCCUAGUGGUAUACAGGAAACCAGAUGUUAACUGGGGAUCUUCCACUCAAGCCCAAACCUACAAAACAGCUUUGACGACCGCCCAAAGACUGAACAAUAUCGGCGAGCACGUCAAAACCUACAAGCCUCAGGUUCUGGUGCUGUGCGGCAAGCCCCAGGAACGGCCCCCUUUGGUCGAUUUCGCGAACCUGAUAACCAAGAACCAUUCUCUGUUGGUCAUCGGUGAUAUCGAGGAUAAACCGCUCACUCACAGGGAUAGACUAACCAAUACGAGAAAAGUAUACGAUUACCUGAGAAGCAACAAAAUCAAAGCUUUCUACACCAUCAUCGAUAAUGUGUCUUUCGAAUUGGGUGCCAAAGCUCUCCUGCAAACGACUGGUAUCGGAAAACUGAGUCCGAACGUGCUGAUGAUGGGAUACAAGACAGACUGGAUGACUUGCGACAAGGAGGAACUUCUAGCGUACUUCAAUGUCUUGCACACUGCCUUCGAUCACAGAGUAUCUGUGACCAUCCUGAGGCUUCCAGAUGGUUUGGAUUACAGCAAGCUUACCAAGGAUGAAGACCAAAUUAACCAGGAUGCAUCGAUUAUUUCGAAAAAUGGCAAUCAAUUCAGAACUUCCGCUUCGAGCAACCUGAUGCAUGCUGAUUCGAACUUGAGUUUGGUUGUUGUAGGAAUUGCAGACAAUAAAACCACAAGUCCUACCUCAGACCAAACCAUCUCGAAAGACAAACCAUCCCUUAACAACGACAUUCUCAGCAUGUCGAACGACACCCAGCUGUCCAUCGAAAGGAUGAACAUCUUCAAAAGGAAGCAGACCAAGGGUUUCAUUGACGUGUGGUGGUUGUACGACGACGGAGGCUUGACCAUGCUGUUGCCUUACAUUAUCUCCAUAAGGAACGAUUGGUCCAGUUGCAAAUUGAGAGUAUUCGCGUUGGCAACCAAUAAGAACGAGCUGGAACUCGAGGAGAGAAACAUGGCACACUUAUUGUCCAAGUUCCGAUUAGACUACUACAGCCUGAAAAUGGUGUCAAUCUGUGACAGGCCCCAGGAUGCCACCAUACAUUUCUUCGAAAAUUUGCUAUCGAAUUUCAGGACAAGUUUGGAUAUUCAAGAAAACGACUGUAAAGUUAGUGAAGCGGAAAUUCUAGCAUCCCAAGACAAGUCGUAUAGACAACUCCGUUUACGAGAACUCCUGUUAGAACAUUCCAGUAGUUCCAACUUAGUUGUGAUGUCCCUCCCUAUGCCAAGAAAAGGAACUGUAUCAGCUCCCCUGUACAUGGCUUGGUUGGAAGCCCUUACCAGAGACUUGCCCCCUUACUUGUUAGUUAGGGGCAAUCAGCAGUCAGUACUAACUUUUUACUCAUGA